GGCAGGAGGGGGACAGGUAGUUAAGGGCCUGGCGUCUCCCUCCCUAAACCUGUGGCCCCAGCCAAGUGUUCCGACGCCCAGGGUCCAGAUGUUAUGGAGCUGGGUCUGUCUCCACCUCAGCUCAGCAGCUCCCCAGAAGACCUGUACCUGGCCCCUGGGACCCCUCCUGGGACUCCCCCGCCUCCCGAUGCCCCUCUUCCUGGGGAGGUGAAGAGGUCCCAGCCUCUGCCCAUUCCGACCAGGAAUCUUCUUCGAGAGGAGGAGCUGCGGGCGACCUCUCUGCCCUCCAUCCCCAACCCCUUCCCUGAGCUCUGCAGUCCUCCUUCACAGACCCCCAUUCUUGGAGGGUCCUCCAGUGCCAGGGGGCUGCCCCCUCGAGACGCCAGCUGCCCCCAUGUAGUAAAGGUGUACAGCGAGGAUGGGGCCUGCCGGUCUGUGGAGGUGGCGGCGGGCGCUACAGCCCGCUAUGUCUGUGAGAUGCUGGUGCAGCGAGCUCGUGCCCUGAGUGAUGAAAACUGGGGGCUGGUGGAGUGCCACCCCCACCUAGCACUGGAGCGGGGCUUGGAGGACCACGAGUCCGUGGUGGAAGUGCAGGCUGCCUGGCCCAUUGGUGGAGACAGCCGCUUUGUUUUCCGGAAGAACUUCGCCAAGUAUGAACUGUUCAAGAGCUCUCCACACACCCUGUUCCCAGAAAAGAUGGUCUCCAGCUGUGUGGACGCACACACAGGCAUAUCCCACGAAGACCUCAUCCAGAACUUCCUGAAUGCAGGCAGCUUCCCAGAGAUCCAGGGCUUCCUGCAGCUCCGGGGAUCAGGACGGAAGCUUUGGAAACGCUUCUUCUGCUUCCUGCGCCGGUCUGGCCUCUACUACUCCACCAAGGGCACCUCCAAGGAUCCGAGGCACCUGCAGUAUAUAGCAGAUGUGAAUGAGUCCAACGUGUAUGUGGUGACCCAGGGCCGCAAGCUCUAUGGGAUGCCCACCGACUUUGGCUUCUGUAUCAAGCCCAACAAGCUUCGAAAUGGCCACAAGGGGCUUCGGGUCUUCUGCAGUGAGGAUGAGCAGAGCCGUGGCUGCUGGUUAGCAGCUUUCCGCCUCUUCAAGUAUGGGGCACAGCUGUAUAAGAAUUACCAGCAGGCCCAGUCCCGCCACCUGCGCCCGUCCUGUAUGGGUUCUCCACCUUUGAGGAGUGUCUCUGAUAACACCCUGGUGGCCAUGGACUUCUCUGGCCAUGCUGGGCGUGUCAUCGAGAACCCCCGGGAAGCUCUGAGUGCAGCCCUGGAGGAGGCCCAGGCCUGGAGGAAGAACCACCGUCUCAGCCUGCCCACCCCAGGCUCGGGCACGAGCCUCAGUGCAGCCAUCCACCGCACCCAGCCCUGGUUUCACGGACGCAUUUCCCGAGAGGAGAGCCAGCGGCUUAUCGGGCAGCAGGGCCUGGUAGACGGCCUGUUCCUGGUCCGAGAGAGUCAGCGGAACCCACAGGGCUUUGUCCUCUCCUUGUGCCACCUGCAAAAGGUCAAACAUUAUCUUAUCCUCCCGAGCGAGGAGGAGGGCCGCCUCUACUUCAGCAUGGACGACGGCCAGACUCGCUUCACCGACCUGCUGCAGCUCGUGGAGUUCCACCAGCUGAACCGCGGCAUCCUGCCCUGCGUGCUCCGCCACUGCUGCACCCGUGUGGCGCUGUGACCCGCCUCUGGCCGCCCGGGC